AUGCUGUCGCGCCUCAUCCAGCGCAGGCUAACCGCCUCCCUACGAAACUGCAAAACCACAUCCCCCCGUUCAUCCCCCAACACCCUCCCCAUCCAACGACGAUGGAUAACUCCCGCCCCCAAACCCGGUGACGGACCACUCAUGUCCCGACGAGCAGACCGCGAACUCCCAGAGAUCAGCCAGGUCCGUUUCCGCUGGGGCCGCACCCUCCCCAUCUUCCUCGCCAUCGUAACCGUCUGCUCCAUCUCCAUCUUCAACUACCAAAAGACGUCCUCGCCCAUCGUGUCGUCCACGCUGUACGCACUGCGGACGAAUGCCCGCGCCCGCGCUAUCCUCGGCGACGACAUCUACUUCAAGCACCAGAUCCCCUGGAUACGCGGCCAGAUGAACCAGAUGCAGGGCAAGAUCAACAUCUACUUUACGGUCAAGGGGACCAACGGGUGGGCGACGAUGCGGUUCACCAGCCAUAGGCCUUCGUCGAGGUCGCUGUUUGAGACGACGGAAUGGAGUUUGACGACGGCGGAUGGGGAGUGGGUGGACUUGUUGGAUGGAGGGGAUCCCUUCAAAGGGUUGUUGGGGGAUGAUGCGUUUGGCGUGCCGGCUGAGGAGGAUGUGCAUGCUACGAGGGGCUUUAGACAACAGGGCGCGUUGAAUAAGUGA